AUGGCCAUCUUCGACAGAUCCCUGGCUGGUCCAGGCUAUGUGAUUCUCAAUACUAUCCGCGUCAUGAAUAUCAUCGUGUUCCUUACGAUCAUUGCUGCGUGCGCCGUCAUGCUUGUCAAAAUCAAACUAGUCAACAGCUUCUUCUUUUUCGAGGCCGUAGGGCAUGUCAUUACUGCGAGUAUUAGCAUUUUUCUCAUUAUAUCUGAACUAAAUAUUCUUCGCGGUUAUUUCAACAAGCACUGGCCCCUUCUGGGACAGGAGUCGGGAUUUACGACCUUCGCAUUCGCAAUGGCCACUAUUGGGAUUUCCCUGCUGGGAGAUCUCAACUCGUCGGAAACGAGCCAGAAAGCCUUGGGGCUUGCCUUCUGGAGAAUAGUAGCCGCGGCGGGUAUCCUCGCCAUUACCAUGGCAUUCGUCAAUCUAUUGACCAGUUUCAUAUUUGCAGACAGAAAGGCCGGAGUGACUGCGCGUCAUGUCCGUGCCUAUGGCGCCGUUGCUCCCCAGAAAGUCUUCAUCACCCGAUCGAGCAGCAACAAGUCCUUCCAACUCGGUAUGAAUCGCGAAGAAACACUUCCAACUUACCGUCCGAGUACCGCGAGCACCAGAUCCAUGUCGAUGCGCAACGCAACUCGAUUCCCCUUGAAGAUCUCCUCGCCCAUCAACCACAACCACCAGUUCCAGGACGCCUCUUCGUCGCGAUAUUCCAGGGACGAGAAUGAUGUCUCAGUUCCGAACUUGGCACACCAUCCCGCUAUGUACUCUGGUCACAUCUAA